UCAGUCAGUAAAACUGUGUCAGACAUAAUAUCUCCUAAAUAAACACUAGAAAUAUACUAAGUUCCUGAUUAAUUUUAUAAAGUUUGACAACGAGUACGGGUUAUUUUAGUUGUGUCCCUUGGAUGGGAUUAUGAACAUUCUCUUCAACAGGUGUCGCUUACUCAAUACAUUUUCUGCUCUCGCUGUACGAAAGAGUUCUCGACAACAAUGUACACAACCUGCCAGCACUUGUAUUUUGACAAAAUGGAACAAGAGGAUUACAGGACACCUCCCUUUUAUCAAAGGAAAUGAAAUAGUCUGAAUCUGAGAGAUGUCUGCACCCCGGAGGGUACAACGUGACAAAAGACUUGAUAACCUGAAGAAGGAGAGUGUGAAGUUGAACCAGGAUGUGGAACACAUGCAGGAUGCAUUGCUGCUACAUCAACGUUUCCAGGAGAAUGAAGACUCCACCAUUAAGGGCAUAAUCAGGAAAGAGAUUGGUGGGCCAAUUUGGCAGCAUGGUGGAGCGGGAAAGUUGCGGACAUAUAAGUCUACAAGGGACCUUGAUGAUCCCAAUGGGAUAGGCACUCCGAAGACAAAGGCUAAAGAAUCAGGUCGUUUCAAGGUUACUAAGAAAGCCAAUGACAGGAAUGAAACAAAUGACAUUAAAUACAGUGCCUCAAAUUGUGGUUCCAAACCUUCUAAUACGAACAGUCCAUACAAACCUGCAGGGAAUAGACUUAACGACGAAAAGAACUCCAGUGAAAAUAAUAAUGAUAUGGAUAGAUUUAAGGUCAAAAGUUCAGCAAGGAGGGAUUUGUCUCCAGAGUUUGAGUGUCCUGGGAAUACAAAACAAGAAGAGGAUGCAGAGAGUAGAACAAUCGGAAAUUAUGACUGGCAAAAAAUGGAGAUAUUAAAAACAAAAGUGAUAAAGAAAGCCAGUGCGAAUGUGAUCACGCGGAAGAAAUCAGCAGUAAAAUCCAAAGAUAAAAUUUCUGAGAACAGGAAAGUUCCAUCAGAAAAUGUUUUGUCAAAUACGUUGGGAAGAGGGAAAAAUACUCCAGUGAAAUCUCGACGAGAAAAUAGUAGAGAGAGAAAAAGGGAAAGUGUAAAUGUAGAGACAUUACAAAAACAAAGUCAUAAACAACAGACAAAAACACUUGAAACUCAAGCACCUAGAAAUUCACUGGAACUUGAAUCUGAUGUCAAUCAAAAAGAACCUCAUAGACUGACCAGUCCCAAGUUUCCAAAGCAGACUAACCGAAUUUUCGUAGGUGAUGAUGACUCUGGAAGUAGGUCACCAUUGGGAACAGACAGUCCAACUAUCCCUAAAUAUAACACCGAUUCACAGUCACUUGUUACGAGUGAAAAACAGUCGCCAAAAUGUGAUCCAGAUGUACAUCUAUGGUUACGAAGACUUGGAUUACUAGAAGAGGAAAAAUAUGUCCAGAUUUUUGCCAAAAAUGAAAUUGACAUGGAAGAAUUGGUACUGCUUUCUCCGAAACAUUUGAACAAACUUGGAGUGGUUGCAGUUGGAGCAUUUAACAAAAUUGUACGAGGAAUUGAGGAACUACAGCAAAAACCCAGUUGGACUGAUGACACGGCAAUGUCGGUGAAGUCAAAUAAAACAUGGUCGCAUUGGGAAAUAACUACAGCAGAACACUGUCCCUCGGUGUCCGAGAACGACUGGGACCCUAGUCAGGAAAGUCAUCCACUAUCACCAACACCAUGGCAGAAUAAAUCUAUGCAAGUCCCCAAGGGUGUAGGUGAUGGAAACAAACUGUUAGAAGUAAGAAGUAUGAACGGCCAAGAUUUUACCUCGGAUAAAAUGAGUUCUCAUUCAUCUGAAUCGAACUAUUUUGACAAAAUCAUACUUUUCGAACAUGAAUCUCACAAUGAAAAGUUCAAACCUAUGGAUGAAGGCGGUGGUAAAAAGGAGACGAAAAAGCUUGACAUUAAUGGAAAUAGAAGAACUUUGUGUCGGUCAAACAGUUUUCAUUCUAGAUCUUCAACGUCAAAGCCACCAGUGAAACGAGAACAGGAGAGGACUAGUAAAAAAGAUGCUGAGAAAAAUUCAGAUAAGAAAAGUAGCCAGGGUAAGUUACCAUCUCGACCAAGGUCAAGGUCACUCUCUCGACGUGGAAGUGUGAGUAAAAAUGAUGGGAAAGCUCCAACAUCUUCUGUAACAACAAAACAGAAAACAGCUUAUCAGCAAGAUUUGGCUAAAGUGGUCACUGUUGAUGCAAGCAAACAACAAAAGAAAUCUGCUGCUAUUAAUGCAGCAGCUCGGAGACUUGAAGAAAAACAGAAAAUGGAAAAGGAUUAUGAAGAGAAAGAGCAGAAAUCAAGAGAAAGGCGAAAACAACAAAGGGAUGAAUUAGCCGCCAAGCAUUUAUCUAGAGAAAAAAGCCGGAGAGUAGAGGAAGAGGAAGGGGAUGACAUGGCCCACAUACAGCAAUGGGCUACUGAUGUCACCAACCACACUCUGGCAGAUCUCCUGACGGUCAGCGUGCUGGACACUGGAUGUCAUACAGAUGAACCAGAUGCUACCGGACUUGCCAGUGUUUUGAAGGAGGAAGGAGCCAGGCCGUCCUACAGUAGGCGUACUCCGAAAUUGUCCAGUAGACAGAGUCUGGCUGUGCCUCCAAGCACGAGUGAGAUCACCAAGGAUGACCCAAAUAAGCUCCUGGUGUCAUCCUCGCUGAGAAUUGCUUCCCGGCCGCCAAGACACAGCACCACUAAGCAGGGGUCAUCGACUGCUGUUAGAGACCUGGAACAGCAGAUCCAGUCCCUCCAGGAUCGUGCGAUGUCCGGGGAGCUCAUCACCAUGGAUCUUGUCCGAGAUCUUCAGAACCGAUUGGUCCAGGUCGAGGCUCAAGUGACCGAUCAGGAAAAUUUCGAUCAGCUUUCAAAAUCUCACAGAAAAACCCCAUCUACCUCUGUCACAAAGUCAAAUCUAGAGAAUCAUAUCGUAACAAGAUUGAACUUGAGUGACAUUAUGUCGAAUUCAAAUGUUGAUGAAAAUGUUUCAAAAUUGAGACAAGGGGAGGAAACUAGCUUGUUUGAAGACACUGUGACAGUAGAUCUACACAGCAACGAAAGUGAAGAUGAUAUUGAAGAGGAUUUUAGUUUGAUGAAAGAACAAAUGAAAGUAAGGAAUUCAUACCUGGGAAAUACAAAGUCGUCCACAGUUUCCAUGACAAUGAGUAAAAGAGCACUACUGACAGAGAUCAAGAAGGAAAAAGCACAACACAGAAAACAAAUUAGACAUUUGAAUUCAGAGCUGAACAGGAUACGCCAAACUGAACCUGUACGGAGCAUAGAGGUGGAUCCUAAGGAGGUUCGGUUUGAUGAACAAGAUUUGAUUGGUGAGGGGACAUUCUCUCAAGUAUACAAGGGCAAAUACCAAGGGACAGAGGUGGCAGUUAAACAGUUGAAGAUACCGCUGUCUUCUCAAGACAGAAACUACUUCACUGCAGAGGUGAGCUUGCUGCGUGAUCUUCGCCAUCCCCGGGUCGUGUUACUGAUGGGCGUGUGUAGCUCCAGUAGACUUCCGUUGAUGGUGCUGGAGUAUAUGGCCAGGGGGAGUCUGUAUCACCGUCUCCAUAGCACCACCAGGGAGCCCCUGGACCAUGCCGAGUAUUUCCGCAUCUCUCAUGACAUUGCCCUCGGGAUGGCUUACCUCCAUCAACAAAAGCCAGCAGUUCUUCACCUCGACCUCAAAUCCAUGAAUGUUCUCAUCUGUAGUAACGACCGUGCAAAGAUUGCCGACUUCGGCUUCUCAAAAUUAAGACCUGCACCGCUACAGCUAUUACGAAAAUAUGAUGCUAAUCUGAAGGCAACGAAAACAUCAAAAUCAAAACCAGUGCAAGGCUGCCCUGCUUGGAUGGCCCCUGAACUACUGGAGACAGGGGAGCUAACUCCAAAGGCUGAUGUGUACAGCUUCGGGGUGAUACUCUGGGAAAUGUUGACAAGAAAGCAGCCGUAUGAGGGAUGUUCUGUGUUCCAGGUACUGGAGAGAGUGAGGUUGAACAAGAGACCAGAGAUACCCUCAAGCUGUCCAGCCGAACUCACAAAGUUUAUACAGCAGUGCUGGGCACCUGCUCCAUCCAAACGGCCUCCAUUCAAGGAGAUACUGACGCAGUUGGAAAAUAUGACAUUUCCCAGCGAGUGGCAGGACCUGUUCCGGGAGGCAGGAGUUCCUCCGGAGGCACUGGAGGAUAUUCACUCCGCCCGAACUAUAAUCAGUCUUGUAACCAACUCACUGGACACAGCCAAUGCCAAAAUUCUUAUUGAGGAUAUGAAACUCAAACGGUCCUUUGGUACAUAUGUAGAACCGGAGGAUGGGCCUUAUACAGCCAACCAGGGUUCUUUAUCGCCAAAACAAAGUGAUUACACCACAAAGUCGGGAGAGAAUAGGCCAACAAGUUCACAAAGAAAAUCUCAGGACAUUUUAAAUGAGGUUCUCAAGUCAAGAGAUAUUAGUCCAAGAAAAAUAAAUUCUGCCCGGUCUCCACGAGAUCAUUUAGCACAAAUGAAUAACACGGAAUCAUCACGGAAACCUCUUGUCAUCCCAACAGGGGAAGAAGGUUCCCCAGACACAUCUAGAUCCUUCGGAAGCAGUCGUAGUUCCCCAGACAAAAGAUCCACUGAAAGAAUUCAUAACUCCCCAGAAACACCUAGACCUAUCAGGGGCAGUCUGGACGCUUGGAGCAGCCCCCGAGGCAUGUGGGACGGAAUGGGAAGCGUUAGAAACAGCAUUGCUGCAGAUGCUGAGAAAUUGGUGAGAAACAACAUUGUGGCAGAUACUGAGAGGUUAGUAAGAAACAGCAUUGCUGCAGAUGCUGAGAAAUCAGUGAGAAACAGCAUUGCUGCCAAUACUGAGAGGUCAGUAAGAAACAGCAUUGCUGCAGAUGCUGAGAGGUCUGUGAGAAACAGCAUCACUGCAGAUACUGAGAAAUCAGUGAGAAACAGCAUUGUUGCAGAAGCUGAGAGGUCAGUAAGAAACAGCAUUGUUGCAGAAGCUGAGAGGUCUGUGAGAAAAAGCAUUGCUGCAGAAGCUGAAAAAUCAGUGAGAAACAGUAUCGCUGCAGAAGCUGAGAGGUAUAAUCAACAUCAGAUCAAUGUAAGACAGAGUUUUACAGGUACAGCAAGUUUUUCUGAUGUCAGAUGUUCUAACGAUGGCAGAGUUCUUGCGGCUUCUAGAUCGCCAAGAACACAGAAUAACUCUCCACGGUUGGAUAGCAAUAGCAGAUCCUUGGAUGUGAGUAAUAAUUCUGUUGGUUCAGUGAGCUCAAGAAAAGAGCAGACUGGUUUUAGAAAAAGUCUUAUGAGUGACAUUCGCAACAGUAAUGACAUUUUAACGAAAGGCAAAUCACCUGUAGAUUUAAGACAGAAUUUACUAAGUGAAGUGAGAAAGAGUAAAAACGUAUUAAAGAAAAGUGCACAGACUGUGACUCCAACAUCAGAUAACCUAGAGAAUGUAUGUGUCCGGUCAAGUACACAGGUAACCCCAAGAUCACAAACUGAUGUGAAGGACUUCCAAAGUCAAGUCAUAAACUCCAGAAAUUCGCUGAGGAAAAGUGUGCAGGGGACCCCAACAUCUCAAGCAAGCAUGGCAGAAGUUGACCCACGUGGGGCAGUGAUUGAUCGAAUCAAGACGGCAGCCCCUAUUCAGCAUCAAGAGAAGUUAGGUAGAAACAUAAGUCGGGACAGCCUCAACGUUUCACAGGAUAUUGAGAUAGAAAGUAUUGAUGCAGAUAGUCUGGAUUCGCUAACGUUACGAGACAGUCUGGAGGAGAUUUUAGAAGACUACCCAAGGAAUGUUUCUCGAGCAGGUGUAGCCAACAGCCCAAGACCACAGACGAAGCCAAAACCUACAGACCUGAAAUCAACGAAAAAGACUACAAACAGUAAGCCAGAACAAGUUAGUGAAAAGGUAAGGGUGGGAGCUUCUACGAACUGGAUGGCAGAGCUAAGUAGUAAACUUCAUAAUCUGGGACAUUUCUCAGACCAGGAGAAUUCUACAGAUGAAACAGCAUCUGGACCGAUUCUCUCCUCACAGCUCAAACAACAGAAACGGAAAUCAGGCGGGAAAAUUAGAGGUGAUGGUGCCAGCAGAAAUCAUCCUACACUUACACCAAAUUCUAAUGAGCCUCUACACUCAAAACAUAAUGUAUCUAGUGCAUACAAAACACAUCAUCUACAAAGUGGUGCUGAUGCUGAAUGUGUCUCGUCUCAUCCCUCUCCCCCACAGGUCCCGGCACCCCCACCCCCUGCCCCACCCCCACCCCCAGUUCUCUCAGUGACAGUGGGCAAGAAACAGAUUGUGAAGCCUGCCAUUGUUUCUAAGGACCUACCUCAGGCAUCUAGGGCAACGAACCGCGGACUACAAUGCGGAGUUGCUCAGGUAGAGAAUAUGAACAAUCCUCAGUUGAUGUUGAAGUCGACAGAUCUACGUGAUCAAAAAGAAACCCUGGUGUCCACAUCUAAACCACACCCCAGCCAGCUCCACGACCUCCGACACGUCAAAAAGAGUACCAUGGUGUCCAUCGCGGAAAUACUCAAAAAGGCUGUAUCUAGUAGGCGAAUGGCACUUGGAGAAGACCCUAACAGUCCCUCACAGUCUGUGGCUAGUAGCUGGUCACUCAUGGAUGACUGACCACCCAACCUACAUUAUAACAUACCAAAGGAUUCACUUAUAUAGGGCUGACCAGUGGUCACCAGAGGUAGCGGACAGUAGAGUUUAUCCCUACUCCAAUACAUGUACAUGUACUACCAAAAUAGUACAGUACUGUCACUAGUGUUGUUACCUAUCACAAUAAGAUACCAACGGCUGAUUUCGCUUCGUAGAAUCUUGGCUGACGUUGGUUAUCAUCCUUCUAAAUGGGAGCUAUGUCGCUUUGUGCAUCUGGUCCAGAUUUCUAAAAGUAAGAGCUACAUUCAGACUUAAGUUUUCGAACAGUGUUUUUUUUCCAUAACACAUAUUUGGCAUUGAAUUCAAUUCAGGUUUGAAAUAUGAAAGAAUGGUUAAUUGGUUAAUGCUUCUUCAUUUCUUUAUAUCUUGGUGUCCCUUCAGACUUUUUAAAUUAUCUUUAA